GCAAAGCAAAUGUCAAAUGGCCUUUCAUUGGCUAACCUUUUAGCUAUUGACCAAUGAAACCUGUUAUUGUGCCUUGACUCGCGGCGUAAAUUGAGCAGACAGCACGUAGAUCUACUAGACACUUUAUAUUAGAUCUUGCUUCUUGACCAUAAAAGAAGACACGUCAUUAUCUGAGAUGUAAAUAAAUGCUGUGUUUUGAAAACUAAUAAAGAGCAAUAUGGAAUACCAAUGUCUCGAUGAUGGUGAAAGUGAAAUAAAGCCUUCAACCUCUGCAGAGAUUUCACCAUCAGAAGUAGUAAAUGUUUCCUCUACGGGUCAAAUAAAAGACACACAGAUAACUGUUGAAAAGUCUGAGGGCACAGGUACUCUAACUUUUUAUGAUGCAGAGAAACAGAAAGGACUGGAUUACAUAGAUGACCCCAGUGCAACACCUGCAUUAACUGGUGUUAAAUGGGUUCAGUCAGUUGUUCAAUCUGUUCUUGAACACAUCGCAUUUCGAAUUUCGACAGUACUCUUGAUAAUUCUCGACCUAACUCUAGUUAUCAUAGAUCUUGCAGAUAUCAGCUUGACUGCCAACUUUAACAGUGGACUUGAAAUUGUUUCCCAUAUUAUUAUCAGCAUCUUCAUGCUGGAGAUUUUGAUGAGAAUAUUUUAUAUGGGGGAAAGAUUUUUCCGCACCAUCCUAGACCUUGUGGAUGGAAUCAUAGUACUGGCGUCAUUUGUCCUGGAUAUGAUCUUUGUUUGUGUGUCAAAGACUUUGGUUUCUGCACAAGGAACAGAUUAUGCAAAACUAAUAGCAGUUGGUCGUGUUUUCCGGAUCAUCAGAAUUGUUCGAAUUGUGUACUUCAUGUACAUUCAACGUAGACAUGUUUCCACUGCAACUCGGAAAGUUAUCUCAGAGAAUAAGCGAAGAUAUAUGAAAGAUGGAUUUGACCUUGACCUUUGUUAUGUAACAGAAAGAGUUAUUGCCAUGUCUUUUCCAUCAAGUGGAAUUAUGGCAUUGUACAGAAAUGACAUUCGGGAUGUUGCCAGAUUCUUUAAUACCAAACAUCCAGAUCACUACCGGAUAUACAAUCUUUGCAGCGAAAUGGAUCAUAAAUAUGAUCUCUUCUAUGGCCGUGUGGAGCGAAUAUACAUAGAUGACCAUAAUGUUCCAACUGUCCAGAACAUGAUCGACUUCUGCAAAAAUGCCCGCGAGUUCAUGGCAGCAGACAAGAGGAAUAUUAUAGCUCUGCACUGCAAAGGUGGCAAAGGCCGUACUGGGACCCUCGUCUGUGUGUGGCUGGUAGACUGUGGGAUGUUUGAUGAUGCCAAGGAAUCCCUUGACUACUUUGGUGACCGCAGGACUGACCUUUCUGUGGGCUCGAAAUUCCAGGGAGUGGAAACACCCAGCCAGAGUCGGUUUGUGGGCUACUAUGAAAAGGUUAAAAAGAUGUACAACUGUGAACUGCCUCCAAGAACAGAGCUGAAAAUCACAUCGUUUAAAAUUGAGAGCAUAGCAGGUGUGGGUAAUGGUGAUGGCAGUGACCUUGGUUUGGAGUUGAGGGCUGAGGGGCUGCUGAUAUUUGAGGCAAAAGUUGCUGGGUCUCUGAACUGUGAGUGUACCCAUGACAGGGACAAUGACAGUAUCACAAUCACACUGAAAGAUGCUCCAGUGAUUGCAAACGAUGUCAAAGUUCGCUUCAUCUCUACAAGUAGGACCCUCCCCAGCGUGUAUGACCACUGUGCAUUCUUCUUCUGGUUCCAUACCAGCUUCAUAGAGAACAACAAGUUACGACUUGAGCGAGGCGAGAUUGACAAUCCUCAUAAAGUAAAAAGCAGGAAAGUGUUUCGGGAUACAUUUGCCAUUGAAGUCAACUUUGAGGUUGUUGCUCCCACAUAAAGAGCAUGUGGAAUCAGCUACAGCGCAGUUUGUGAUUUGUCACUCCACAACUACUUGCUUUUUAAACAAUUCAGCAGAGCACAAAGAGAGAAAAUUGUCUUGUUAUAGAAUAUAAAGAUCACACAAAUUAAAUUUGCAAACUAAACGUGCUAUUUGUUGAAAUAUUAGCUUCAACUUGUUUUAUAAUCUGUGUAUUAACAGUUUUUUAGUCAGUUGUUGACAUGUUAAGCAGACUUUCCAAAAGUGUUAGAAAAGCGACUUCAGUGAAAGAUUGUUGUGAUACACACUGGUCAGGACAAAGUUUGAAAAGGUAGAUAUGGACCUAUUGACCCUUAUUUUAAAACUGACUGGGAGCUGACUACAACUGGAUCCCAUAAUUAAUCAAGUGGUCAUGAUUUGUUGUUUUUUUCUGUUAAUAGUUGUGAAUUAUUUUAACUCUUCACCAAUGUUGUAUUUUUAUACAUAUGAUAAUUAUGUGCUUUAAAUUGCUAUUUUAUAAUAUCAUACAAUACAGAAAAUGUCAUAUAAAGAAGUGCAAUAUGGGGCUUUUAUGCCCCCUCUAUGAUAAUGGUGCAAAGGUAUAUAAUAUUCGCCCUUUCUGAUUGUGCAUGUGUUUGUUUAUUUGUGUGCACAUGCAAGUGUGUUUAUUAUGUAUUUAUGGGAAUUUUGGCAUCUGCCUCACAACGUUUCUACGCAGAAAAGAAUUAUGGAAUAAAUUGACACCAUUCAUCCUUACUUCAAAACAACAUACAUGAAGCAUGUUCAAAACCAUGUUGGUUGUGCAUUGGUGAACCCCAUAGUGGUAAAAAUAUGUUUGUGCGUAAUAAUUCCUUAUAUGGAUAUAGUUCAAGUAAUUCUUGAGCCAGUUUCAUAUAAAACUGUUCUUUGUGGGAUGUAACAAAUAAAUUAGCAAAAUAGAGCAUCAUUUUAUGGGGAUGUUUCACAUGCAAGAUUCAUGUCACUCUCUUUAAGACAGUUCACUGUGGGCACUUGAAGUGUGCACAUAUUCUUUAUGAUAUAGAGAUAAUGCAGUUAGUAUUUUACUAAAUGCUUUAUCAUGCAUUUAAUAAUACUUUGGCACAAAUGAUCAUCAUAUUGAGGCGCCAUGUUGUAUGCAUUAGCAAUGUCUCUUGCUUUAAGGUCAAGGUCACAAUGAAGAAAUAGGUAUGAUGUGUAACAACAGUGACAAGGGCCAUAUUUUUGUAUUCAUCUUUGUUAAAAUUCCCGCUUAUUGCUGUAUUUAUUGUUCACAAAAUGUCUAUUACACAACAAAUAUUUAUGUGUCCAGUCACAUUUAUAUGAUAAGUUCAAUCAGAUUUGUAACAUACAAAGUCAAUUUUGCAUUAUGAGUAUUAGUUGAGAGCUGUGAUAUUCAUGUAUAUUUAGUGCAAUAACAACUGUUAUUUUAUUUAUAGAUGUUUUUAUAGUAGCAGUUUUUACGCAACUAUUAUAUAUUCAAAAUUUAAUGUUAUACAUCAAACAAUUGUGUAAAGCUAUUUUUCAAAAAAAGUCAUUAGUGGGUUUUGAUAUUAUUUUAUUUCAGAUUUUUGUAAAAGAAAAUUUGAAACAUGUAGUUUAGAAGGUGUUUCUUUUCAUAUCAUAGUUUAAAAUCAAAUGUUGUUAGUUUGUUUUGUUUCCAACAAAUAUUAUGGGAUUUAUUUCAGCCAGUUUGUAUAGUUACAUUUAAAUUAUACGUAUUUGCACAUUAUAAAUAAUGUUUAAACAAAUAAUAAAUAAUGCAUACAUGGAAUAAAUAUAUAUUUUUGCUGAUACUUAUGUUGUAAUUUAAGGGAAAACAUGAGCUAAGAAACAUAUCUGCGUACCUUUUUACUUACAAUUUUUCUUAUUUAUUACCUGUACAUUGUAUAAAUUUUAUGUAUGCUUUAUGCUCAUGCUGAUAAAAAAAAACAGCACUUACAUAAAUGUUAACUUUAACAAAUGCAUUAAAGUUGGUAAGGCAUAAAUCUGCUUUAUGCAUGUAUAAGAUAUAUCGCUCAUGUAAUCAAACAAUAUAUAUAGAUAUUUUAAUAAAGUAUAUUCUUAUAACAA